AAGAUUUACAUCAUCCAACACAGGCAAUCACCAUUCUAUCUUGGCUUCCAUCUCAUCAAAUUAAAUCAAAAGAAACCUCACAACAACUGAAUGCAGAAGGCUUAAGCAGGUAACCAAUUACAGAGUUUGUAGGAGUAUUGCCGCACCUUCCCUCCUGUUAUGCUCACGACAACAUGAGAGACUUACGGAUGUCGACCUUUGGAUAUAUGCUGGUCGCUUUGACCAUCCUACAGAUUUCCAUCUGUCAAGCUUUUCAAGUAGCAAUCUCAGACCUUGAUCCUCUACGUCAAACAUGCAGUGGAAUGUGGAAAGGCAAAGAUACUCGGAUCGAAUUACGAUUCGAUAAUAGUUCAGCCGGAACAGUCUCCACAAUGAUGUACGAAUAUUCGGAUUUUGAUGCUAUCGGAAAGAAUGGCAAAGAACAUGAUAUGUUUGGAUUUCCAUUAAAAACGUACAUCUGUACUUCACAAGCGGUCUUAGAUGGGCUAUGUACAGUAAAGGAAUUGGGAAAUUUUAUGGUUUCCAGAAAUGCUUCUUCGGUAGUCACAAAUCGGAUCGACUUGGGCAACAAAGGAGAUGCGGCAAAUCAUCCAGUCACGUAUAAUGUUACUCGAAAAGGAUACUAUUGCGUUGCUGCCGUCCCUAUGACAACCACUUCGAUCGAGGGGAAUACUGAUCUACACUCGCACUUUACGGGAAGGAUAUCCUUCAUCAACUUUUUCGAAGGAGAUUUACCGGCAACCGAAUAUCCAAAAUUGCAAUUCUACUUCACGCUUACAUCGCUAUAUAUGCUGCUUGGAGGGUAUUGGUUAUACCUGUGCAUCUCUCACAGAGAUCAAUUACUCACCGUUCAACAUUUUAUUUCGGGAACGAUUGUCCUUCUGAUUGUUGGAAAUGCAGCACAAUGGCUUUACUUCCGUUAUCUCAAUACUCACUCGAUGGAUUUCUGGAGUAUUUCUUCACUGGACAACAAUGGUGCAGUCACCUUUGGGGCUCGUGCUCUUCUUGUAACGACUAGCAUCUUAGAUGCAGCGCGCAACUCUGUCAGCUUGUUCCUGCUUUUGAUUGUUUCAAUGGGUUAUGGUGUAGUCCGACCAUCAAUUGGACCUGUCAUGACAAGAGUGCGCAUCUUGACAGCUGUUCAUUUCGUUUGCGGUGUUUUGUAUUCGAUCGGAAUCGUUUUAAUCGUGACAGAAUCAGGAGGAGGAUGGAUCUUUUUGUUCAUUUUCCCUUUGGCUUUCACAUUGACAUCUUUUAUGAUGUGGACUCUGCAUUCUCUCAAUGCGACGAUCGAAUAUCUCACUCAACGAAAACAAACAUUCAAAGGUCAAAUGUUCCGAAGGUUAUAUAGAAUUCUUUUGGGCGCAGUGAUUGCGAUCUUUGCCUUCUUUAUCAUCACUUCGGUUGCCUUUUCACAAUCAUCAGCAGAAAGCUUCUCGCCGAACGUUUGGCCAUAUAGAUGGUUCUUGCUUGAUGGAUGGAUGGGAACGCUGUAUUUGGCCGUCUUUGGUAGCAUUGCUUGGCUAUGGCGUCCGACAGGUCAAAAUUUACGAUUAAGCAUGAGUGACGAAAUUGGUCAAGAUGAAGGAUUUGAUGGAGAAGAUUAUGAAAUCGGUGAAUUUGGACAACAUGGUGGAUUGCAGGAUGAAGAUGACGAAGAAGGCGGAACGACAAAAUCUUCAGGCGCCAAUGGUAAUUCGGCUGGCGUUGCUACUGGACGACAAAGCAAUGUAGCUCAAGGUCGUGCCAAUGCUGCUCAAAGUGGGCCGACCAGGAAUAGCGUUCAUGAUGAUGAUGUCGUGUUUGAGAUUGGUGACGAUGAAGAAGAAGGUCAAACACCGCGGAAAACACAACAUCACGAAGAACGUCAACAAGUUCGAGCAACAGAAGGAGAAAGACAAGGAUUGAUGGCCAACGAACCGGAGUAUGAUAGCAAGGAAACUCUUGUACCUUCAAAGAACGAACGUUGAUUUUGGCGAAGGGCAUAUUUAUCACGUUGUGCUGUGUAUACUGGCCUGUAUUCUCUUGAUAUUCUCAGAUUCUUUAAUACAUAGAUAAUCUCACGAAAGACACGCAUUA